AUGGCUGUGACUCAAAGGCAGCCUGUCAAACAGGCCGAACAGGUAUGGGAUAGCCCCAAAUCACUUGAUAAACAGAGCGCGUAUGCUAAUCUUCCAAUUCUACAGCAAACCGAUGUUCCCAGCUUGCAAUCCCUCAAAGAUGCAAUCCCAAAAGAAUGUUUUGACUCGUCCCUCACAACCUCCCUCCUCUACCUCGCUCGCGAUAGCAUCUAUUGUGCAGCUCUGAUUUACGCUGCACUCCACAUUCAUCUUCUCCCUUCUCUGCCUAUGCGAAUUGUUGCCUGGGCCACGUACGGUUUCUUCCAAGGCUGUGUUGGCACAGGAUUAUGGAUUCUUGCUCACGAAUGUGGCCACGGCGCCUUUUCGAAGCACCAAGGGAUCAAUGAUUUCGUUGGCUGGGCCACGCACUCCUUCCUCAUGGUCCCAUACUUCUCAUGGAAGAUCACCCACGCUCGCCACCAUCGCUACACCGGUCACAUGGAAAAGGACACCGUAUUUGUCCCCUGGACCGAGGAUGACUUGGCGUCGAAGAGAAAUGUCAGCAUUGAGCAGUUGAAGCACCUCGCUGAGGAGACACCCAUUGUCUCCUUUAUCCAGCUCAUCGGACACCAGUUGUUGGGAUGGCAGAUGUACCUUAUCCUGAAUGUGACUGCUGGUACCAAGAGUGGCCCCGAAGGAGGUGAGAAGGUGAAGUUUGAAAGCCACUACAACCCAUCAAGCGCAAUCUUCACUGCCGCCCAAUGGAAGCUCAUCGCCUACUCCGACAUCGGCUUGCUGAUCAUGGGCUCCAUCGUGUGGUACACUGGAACUAUCAUCGGAGCGUGGAAUGUCUUCUUCCUCUACGUUGUCCCCUAUCUCUGGGUUCACCACUGGCUGAGUACGUAUUUCAUUCCCAUCUUAUCUGAGACCCUAGAUCAAGAACUAACCGAAUCGACAGUUGCCAUCACAUACCUUCAACACACCCACCCCGAGGUUGCUCACUAUACCGCGGAAGCCUGGACUUACACCAAGGGAGCACUGGCCACAAUUGACCGCACAACCGGUUUCAUUGGCCGUCACUUCUUCCACGAGAUCAUUGACUACCAUGUUGUCCACCACCUCUUCAGCCGCAUUCCAUUCUACCACGCAGAGAGAGCCACCAAGGCCAUCCAGCCUAUGCUCGGUGAAAACUACCACGAGGAGAAGCAGGAGAGCUUCUUGUACUCCUUGAUGAUUACUUUCCGCAAGUGCAUCUAUGUCUCGGAAAGCAAGGGACUUGCCAGUGGACAGCCUGGAGUUCUGCACUUCGUUCUCUCAGAUGAGAGCAAAUGA